AUGACAUCUAUUAAGGGCCCCGGUGCUGCCCAGACCCACGAUGGGUCCGGACUGCGUGUAGCCAUUGUCCAUGCCAGAUGGAAUACCACAAUCAUUGAGCAGCUUGUUGCGGGGGCCAAGAAGCAGCUGCUCGCUGCUGGCGUCACUGAAGACAAUAUCACCGUCCAGACAGUUCCUGGCAGCUACGAGCUACCCCUCGGAGUGCAGCGGAUCUACGCGGCCUCCCAGCUUCAGGCUAACUCCUCUGGUGAAGGCAUCAGCGCCACUGAUCUUCUGUCUUCCCCGACCACCGAGACCUCUGGCGCUGCCGCCCCCUCCAGCCCGAAGAAGCCCUUUGAUGCCAUCAUUGCUAUUGGUGUUCUGAUCAAGGGUGCUACUAUGCACUUUGAAUACAUCGCUGACGCCGUCAGUCAUGGGCUGAUGCGAGUCCAGCUGGACUCGGGUGUCCCUGUGAUCUUCGGCCUGUUGACGGUUCUCACGGAGGAACAAGGUCUGGAACGCGCCGGCCUCGGGAAGAACGGCAUGCACAACCAUGGCGAGGAUUGGGGAAGUGCUGCCGUGGAGUUGGGUCUGAAGCGAAGGGAGUGGGCGGAAGGCAAGAUUCUGUAA